AAACUAAGCAUAGGACAUUAAGAAAAGUGCUUAAAGACAGGUACCGCGUGAAGCCAUUGUCUAAACACUAUUAAUUUCCACAAAGACUAGUUUCCAUUGGUCACACUUUAGAUUUUUUGAAUACUUUGUUUCAUCCUUCAAAGAAGAAGAUAAAAAUGAAGACAACUGCAAAGUCAGCUAUGCACUCCACUGCUUACAAUUAUUGCUGAAUACCUUUACCUUGCACCAUUAUUGCAAUAUUCCUCUCUCUUCCUUACAUUCACAAAAUCCAAUCACUCACUCAUUCAUUUCCUGUUUUUCUGAUCAUCAUACUAUGGCUGAAGCACUUCUUUCUGGCUUCAUCAACGUUGUUCUUGAGAGGCUCAUUUCACGUGAGUUUGUCAACUUGGUGGUGGGCAAGAAGCUGGACCGGAAGUUGGUUGACAGGCUCAAGACUGCUAUCUUGGCUGCCAAAGCUCUGGCUGCUGACGCUGAGCAGAAGCAGUUUGGAAACGAACUCGUUAGGGAGUGGCUUGAUAGUCUAAAGGAUGCUCUCUACACUGCUGAUGACUUGCUGGACCGUCUCUUUAUCAAAGCUCAAAUUCGCAACAAGACACGCAUUCAUCGUCCUCGCUUCCUUGAUUUGUCUUGUAGGAAGAUGGUGACUAAGAUAGAAGAGGUGGUUGAAAGAAUAGAAGAUCUUGAGAAACGCAAAGAUACCCUUGGUCUCAAAGACAUUCCAACGGGUAGCUCCUCAUGGCGACCUCCAUCCACUUCUCUUGUCAAGGGGAAUUUGUUCGGCAGGGAUGGUGACCAACAGGCACUAAUGAAGAUGCUCAAUGACAACAAUCAUCAUAACUUGUCCGUUAUCUCUAUUCUUGGUAUGGGCGGGGUUGGUAAAACUACUUUAGCACAAUGGCUCUACAACAAUAAGGAUUUGAUGGACGGGGUUGACCUGAAAGCAUGGAUUUGUGUUUCUGAAAAUUUUGAUGUUGUUGAGACUACAAAGAAUGUUAUAAAGGGGAUCUCUUCAGGUAUUUGUAGUCUUGAUAGUUUUGAUUUACUUCAACAAGAUUUGAAGAAAAAACUGUCAGAAAAGAAGUUCUUCAUUGUUUUGGAUGAUGUUUGGAGUGAAGAUGCUGACAAAUGGAAUAGUUUUAUCACCCCUUUUCAACAUGGGAGAAAGGGAAGCACUAUUCUUCUCACUACCCGGAAGGAGAAUGUUGGUCCAACAGUUCAAAAUUUUAGCUCUUACUCUCUCAAGGAACUGUCGAAUGAUUAUUGUUGGUCUAUUUUUGCGUACAAUGCAUCCUUUCCUGAAUCAAAUGGGAGCUCAGAACUGGAAGGAAUAGGUAGAAAUAUUGUUGAGAGGUGUGAUGGCCUGCCGUUAGCUGCAGAAACACUUGGACGCUUGUUGCGCUCAGAGCAUCGUGCUGAAGAAUGGAAUAAAAUACUAUCGAGUGACAUUUGGGAAUUUCGUCUGGCAAAUUGUAAGAUUGUUCCUGCAUUGUUAUUAAGUUACCAUCAUCUGCCUACUCAUUUGAAACGAUGCUUUGUUUAUUGUUCAUUGUAUCCCAAAGAUUAUCAAUUUGAUAAAGAUAAAUUAAUAUUGCUGUGGAUGGCGGAAAACCUUUUACAACAACCAAGGAGGGGACACACUUUAGAAGAAGUUGGUUGCGAGUGUUUCGAUGACUUGGUUUCAAGACUAUUCUUCAAGCAGGUCGAGUAUGACGAUGAGAAGUAUUUUGUGAUGCACGAUCUCAUGCAUGACUUGGCAACUUUUCUUGCUGGAGAUUUUUAUUGUAGAUUCUCAGAACUUGGUGAAAAGGAAGAGAUGAGUAUUCUAACUCGUCAUUUGUUAUACGAUCGUUCAAUCUCCAAGAAAACAUUCUCCUCUCGUGAAAUAGAAUCUUUGAGGACAUCAUUGUAUAUCAACCCCGGAUCUUAUUUCCAUAAAGCACACGCAACAUUACCAUUUGACAUAUUGUCAAAGAAUAAAUACUUGAGAGUUUUGUCGGUUCAUACACUCAAUAUAUUUCCUGAUUCAAUAGCUAAAAAAUUGAUCCAAUUGCGCUAUUUGGAUCUCUCUUGGAGUGCUGUUAAGAUAUUGCCGGAGGCAUUAUGCAACUUGUGCAAUCUACAAACUUUGAAGUUAGAAGGCUGUUCAAAGCUGACUAUGCUGCCCAAUGGCAUGUAUAAUCUUGUGAAUUUGCGGCAUCUUAAUAUAAGGGGUACUCCUCUGAAAGAAAUGCCAAAAGGAAUGGGCAAAUUAAAACAGUUGCACACUUUAAGCAACUUUGUGGUGGGAAAGCAAGAUGACAAUGGAAUGGAAGAGUUAGGAGGGCUUAUAAAUCUUCGUGGAUCGCUUAAGAUUCAGAAAUUGGAAAAUGUGGUUGAUGGCAAUGAGGCAAGGAGAGCAAGGAUAAUAGAUAAGAAGCACGUUGAUGAAGUAUUGUUGGAAUGGUCUCUAUCUUCAGGUGAUGAUAUGGUUUCAAACACACAUACUGAUGAAGAAGAUGUACUCCAGGGCUUGCAACCGCACCGUGUCUUGAAAGUGUUAGAAAUUGAUGGAUACAAAGGUAAAAUAUUUCCAGAUUGGAUGGGGCAUUCCUUGUACCAAAACAUGACAAGUGUAUCUCUCAAGUCUUGCAAGAAUUGCUGCAUGCUGCCUUCACUUGGACAGCUGCCUUCUCUUAAGUCCCUGUGCAUCGAAAGUUUUAAUGAGCUGAAGAGCAUUGGCAAGGAGUUUUACAAGAAUGAAGGCCAUCAACAUUCUUCGCCUAUUGCACCGUUUCCCUCACUGGAGCGUUUGCAGUUUCACAACAUGCCAUGUUGGGAGGAGUGGCACUUACCUGACUCAGAAGCCUUUCCUCAGCUUAAGAGCCUUCAAAUAAGAGAUUGUCCAAUGUUAAAGGGAGAUAUGGUUAAUCAGGUAUUAAUGAGAAUUUCCUCAUCAGAUGUUUCCAAAGUGCGAGAACUGGAAAUAUUAGAUUAUGAAGGAUUGUAUAAAAAGAUGAGAGUUGUUGGGGGUUCGUCUGUUAUAUCCUUGGGGGACAAUUGUUUCUCCAGAUCAUUGCAAAAGCUCAGAAUCGUGAGUUGCAGCAAACUGGAAUUCCCGCAGCAACAACAGAAGUGUGAUUUGGUCGAUCUACAAAUAUCUGAAAGCGGUGAUUCACUGACCUCAUUGUCGUUGGAUGCCUUUCCCAAUCUCGAGAAUCUCCAGAUAUACAAGUGUUCAAAUCUGGAAUCAGUUUCAAUGUCAGAGCCACCACACGCUGCUCUCCAACGUCUCAGAAUCCUUAAGUGCGACAAAUUUGUGUCAUUUCCGGAAGAAGGACUGGCUACGCCCAACUUGACUCAUCUCGAUGUUAGCAGGUGCUCGAAGUUGGAGGCAUUGCCACGUGGCAUGAAUACUCUUCUCCCAAAUUUAGAGUCUCUGGACAUACGAGGUUGCCCAAACAUUUGCAGGUUGCCAGAGGGUGGUUUGCCGCCUAACCUGAAAGAGCUUAGUGUUGGAGAUUGCGAGCAACAGCUGAGGGGUGUAUCAUGGUUGGGCAACUUGGACAACCUCACUCGUCUCACCAUCUCAGGUCGUCACAGUGGGAGGAUAAUAAAGUCAUACCCAGAGCUGGAUUCGCUGCCUCGCCUUCCCUCCCUUACCACUCUACAUAUCCAAGACUUUUAUGAACAGGAGACAUUGGAGUGCAACGAGCUUCUCCGCCUCACCUCCCUCCAACAACUACACAUUUCAUACUGUAAGAAGCUGAAGAAUAUGGAAGGAGAAAAUCUGCCUCCCUCUCUCUUACUCCUCAAAAUUUACGACUGUGGUUUGCUGGGCGAAGACUGCAAGAACAAGCAUCAACAAAUUUGGUCUAAAAUUUCCCACAUCCCCACCAUUGAAGUCGAUGACGACCAAAUUUUCUGAGCAGGAAGUACAUAUUGAGGUCUGGUAACCAUAUCUACAUUAUCUUCAUUCAAUCCAAAGUUCAUCAGAAGAGUGCUCUGUAAUUUUAGCUUCAGGUCGGGGAUUUCAGUGUUUGAUCGCUUGUGGAUUCUGCUGGGAGUGUCAAGCUUACUAGCUCCUCUUUUGAAAAUUAUUCACUGUAAGUCUGCAGUUGGGGAGUGGUUCAAUGGUAGUUUGGGCUGAAAUUUCGAUAGCAAGUUCUGAAUGUACUUUUUUGUUCCGAAUGAUUGGAGGAUUAAGAUAAGAUUUGGAGGGUGAUAUAUGGCUUCGGUGCGCAAAGUAACUCUGGUUUUGUAAAUUUUUCAUGUUUUUGGUUCACAUUUAUAUGCUAUGGUGCUUGAUUGUUUUGACUUAAUGUAAGCAUUUUAUUUGUUUACUUAUUUGAGAUUCUCUUGUAUUCUUACUUAAUUAUAGUGGUACUUCUUUUUUGGUCUGAA